AUGGGUCUUGAGAAAUCACCAAAACAGAAUAAUCUAAUUUAUGUCUUAUUCACAAAUUGUGCCACAGAGGUUCUGGUGCUAUUAGAUUUCGAAGGCACCAUGGGGGACGAGAUCACAGUCCGGACAGGUGACGUGGUGAAAAACGUCACCAAGGCCAGCGAAGACGGCUGGCUGGAGGGUGAGGUGCAAGGGAAACGAGGCAUUUUCCCAGCCAACUUUGUCAAGGAGGUGCCUGUUUAUUUGAUGGGUGACAAGGAGAGGGAACCAAGAAGUAUUCGGACAACAAAGAAAAUGAAACAAGUGAGAACAUGUGAAGUCGUCUUUGCCUACAACCCAGUGAACGAAGACGAACUGCAGCUGGUAGUUGGGGAGAAGGUGGAAAUCAUCAGCGAGAUUGAAGAUGGAUGGUGGAUGGGCAUCAAAAAUGGCAGAGUGGGGGCAUUUCCAUCUAACUUUGUCAGAGAACUCUUCGUCGCCCCGAAAGAUGGUAAACACAAUGACAGCAAGGCCAGACCAAAGCUAAGCGACGCAGUCUUCAGUAAAGAGAUGUCUCUGAGAGCAACAGUGCGCAGCAAAGCAAAAAAUGUGGUGGAGUGUUGCCAAGUCAUGUUCGACUACAAGGCCAAAGCAGAGGACGAGCUGGAUUUAAAGACGGGGGAUGUUGUUGUCAUACUAAAAAAGGACACCGAAGAUGAAGGCUGGUGGGAGGGCGAGCUCAACGGACGCUGUGGGUUCUUCCCUGAUAAUUUCGUCAUGGUGAUACCGCCAAUGGACAGCCUAAAGGCUGGUAACAAGAGCCUACCGCCUGCACGCAACAUCAACAAGGAAGUCUCAGAAGUCCCACCCAUGGAGAAAGUUGUCCCGGCAAAGCAAAAAGAUGAAAAACCAGAGCUUAAGGACUUGCGAAGCCAUCCUCCAACCAAAGUCAAGCUUCCGAGCAUCAACAAACUUAACCCGACUCAACUCAAAGACAAAACCAAUAAGGGUUUAUCCAAAGCCAAUGGAGAUGUGUCCCCACACUCACCGAAAUCCCCCGAGGAGAAAAAUGGCGAUCAUUUUGAUGGCAUUGAAGUGGACAACGAUAAGCUAAACCACCCCACAGCCAACCGAGCCAAGCCCCCACAGAGAAGACCACCAACGGGUAUGGCCGUGGGAGCGCAGACUCCGAGUGAGCCUGAACCACAACUGACCAAGAAGGGCCAAACUGAUAAACUCCCUGGCUUACAAAAGGGUGCGGAAAAUCUUAAGCUGCCACCACCAGCAAAGCUGGACCAACGACCUAAGACGCCGCCUCCAGUGCGACCGGCGCCACCACGAGUACAGUCGCCGGAAGUCCGAAACGUGGCCCCAAAAAACGAAGUGACGCUGGAGAGCCUGCAGGCGGAAAUCAAGGAACUACGAAUGGCUCUAGAGCUUCUUCAGACGCAACACGAAAAGGAGAUCCAGGAACUGAAGGACGAGCUGCGAUCUCAAAGAAACAAACCAAUGGACUAA